AUGGCGCAACCGCAGCCUGGCGCACUUGCGGCAGGCCAUGAGCGCCAAAGACCAUUCCAUCAUUCGCCCGCGCCUGUAGAAAGUGCGGCGCUCGUCCAGUCAAGAGAGACGGGGGACGUGAUCGCCGAGGACGUACCGCAGGGUCAGGUAAAAGCCCUGCCUUUUGCCAAGUCGUGGGUUCACUUGAUGGCUGGAGGAAUUGGCGGAAUGACGGCCGCCACGUUGACGGCGCCCCUCGACGUACUCAAGACGAGAUUGCAGUCAGACAUGUACCAGGCACAACUCCGGGCGUCGCGCCUGGCCAAAGGACAAGUCUUGACGGGCCUGAAUCCAGCGAGAACCGCGCUAUAUCACCUGUCUGAUACGCUGGAGAUCCUGGGCACAGUCUACCGCAGUGAAGGACCAAGGGCUCUGUUCAAGGGUCUUGGCCCCAACCUGAUCGGCAUCGUUCCCGCCAGGAGCAUCAACUUUUUCGUCUACGGCAACGGCAAGCGCAUCAUCUCCGAGUACUGGAAUCGAGGCCAAGAAGCACCCUGGGUCCAUCUGCUGGCAGGCGUUGCCGCCGGCGUGGCUACAUCAACUGCAACGAACCCGAUCUGGAUGGUCAAGACACGGUUGCAGCUGGACAAGAACGUCGCGGAGCGGAGCGGCGGCGUCAUGCAGAGACAAUACCGCAAUAGCUAUGACUGCGUGCGGCAGAUUAUCCGGAACGAGGGCCUCCGCGGUCUUUACAAGGGAAUGAGCGCCAGCUAUCUCGGCGUGGCCGAGUCGACGCUGCAGUGGAUGCUGUACGAACAGAUGAAGGCUUCCUUGGCCCGUCGGGAAGAUGCCAUUCUGCGGAGCGGCAGGGAGAAGACGUGGUGGGAUCAGACGGUAGAUUGGACUGGAAAGGCCGGGGCAGCUGGGGGCGCCAAGCUGAUUGCUGCCAUUCUCGCAUACCCCCACGAGGUCGCACGUACGCGUCUCCGACAAGCGCCCCUGGAUAACGGCCUCCCCAAAUACACGGGUUUGAUUCAAUGCUUCAAGCUUGUUUGGAGAGAGGAGGGCAUGAUCGGGCUCUACGGAGGCCUGACACCUCACUUGAUGAGGACGGUACCCAGCGCAGCCAUCAUGUUCGGCAUGUACGAGGGCAUUCUCCGACUUUUCCACACUCCCGCAUAA